AUGAAUUCUGCCAGAGGGUCCCCCCCUGCCACUCCUCCCUCACCACCAGAGGGCAAUGAUUCAGAGGUCAAGUUACCCAAGAAGAGAGAACGAGAGGUUUCACUUGAACCGGUCACAACACCAAGAUUGCAGAAUGAUGGUGAUUCCAUACGGCACGAAAUGGCUAGGACGCCUGCGAAGAAAAACCGUAGACACCUGGACUCUACUCGAGAGGAGGAGGACGCAUCGCGAUCGCGAUCGCCGUCGCCGUCAUUGCUGGGAACUUCACCCCCACAAGAAAUAAAGAUGAAGGUGCGACAAAUCUCGCAGGGCGUGGAGGACCUCAAUUGGCGCAAUAUGAAGCCCAUGGCGGAGGAUGAAGAGGCGGACAUGGAGCAAGAGGCAUCGGCCGGUAACGUCGCUGACGACACUCAGCCCAUCACUACUGGCGCGGCUGCUGCGAACGGACUCACGAACCAUACACCUCCUUCGCAGGCGCAGUCUACUCCGGAACCUCAAGAUAGCUCCCGCCUCACGGUAGCUGGCACCCCCAACGACACCGGAGUUGAAGAUACUCCGACCCAGCAGCAGGAAUCUGUUCGGAGGGGGUCUGAGAGCGAUGGGACCGAGGACUCUAAAGGUGUUAAACGCAAGUUCUUCCAGCGGGGCACCAGCCAAGGACCUCAGGAGAACGGCACAUCGUCUUCAAGUGCCGCCAUUGCUGAACCUGCGAAGCGCCCGCGAGAUGACAAUGAUAAGGACGAUAAUCCUAGAGAAACCAAACGACCCUCGCCUCCCCCCGAGAAGGAACAGACUCAGCCAGAGCCUGCCGCGAGCCCGGCACCCAAAUUUGGGGGAUUCAUGUCUUACGCAUCCGCCAGCUCACCUUUCGCUGCUGUAAAAGGCAAGAGUAUCUUUUCUACCUCUAGCAAAUCCUCGACACCCCCUGCCUCCGUGGCAAGCCCCACGCCAUCUCCUUUCUCCUCCUUCUCCUCUACCUCCACGCUGACAUCUCCCACCAAACGUUCUGGAUUCGAGGCGUUCGCUUCCUCGGCCUCUCCCUUUGCUUCCGUGGCGAGGUCCAAGUCACCUGGUCUAGGCUCGUCUUCGAAACUGAACCGAAAUAAAUCACCCUCGCGACGCGCUAAUCCAACGAAUAUUAACGCUUUCUCUUCUUACGCCACGACUGGGAUAACAGCGUUCUCCGCGCCGACUCCCAAACGCGCGAGAGCUACUUCCCCCAACGGUGCUAGUAGUUCUUCACGAAGUUCGUUAGAAAGAUCGGCCACGAAGGAGAGCUUGGGUGUAGAGAGCAGUGGGAACGAGGAUGAGAGAGAUGACAGGCAGUUAACCUUUGGCGAAAAGCUGCGCGCAAGCAAAGACAACGGAGAGGACACCAAGAGUGAAGAGGAGGAUGCUAAGAUUGUACUAACAGAGCAAGAUGUACUAACGGGAGAAGAGGAUGAAGAAACCUUGCACCAAGUUAGAGGGAAGCUGUUUACGCUUGGAGACACUAAUCAAUGGAAGGAGAAGGGCACUGGCCUUUUAAGAUUGAACGUGAGGAGAUCGGACGGCGGUGGGGCUCGCCUAGUUAUGCGCAAGGAGGCCGUGUAUACUGUACUGCUCAACGUCACUCUCUUCCACGGCAUGCGCUGCACAUUGGCCCAAGAUCCCCGAUAUCUGAGAUUCAGUGUCAUCGAGGCCGGUAUGACGACGCAUUACAAUCUUCGUGUGUCUAAUGCCAAAAUCGCCCAAGAACUCUUAGAAGAGAUAGAAGCCAACAUUCCGCCUGCAUGA